CAGCCACCGGAGUUAAGGAAGAAAUAAGAAUCAUAGCAGCAUCAACACCAAAAGCAGGAGAAACAAUGUCAGAUCCCAUUACAGAGGAUGUUGUGGGGCUGCUCUUUGGUUUGGUGAAAGCAUGAUUCAACCCGAUGCUCUGUCGAGGGCAUUACACAUCUAAAUGGAGUCGGAGCAGCUGUUUAACAGAGGCUACUGCAGGAACAGCUACAACAGCAUCACCAGCGCCAGCAGUGACGAGGAGCUGCUCGAUGGCGCUGGCGUCAUCAUGGACUUCCACACCACAGAGGAUGACAACCUGCUCGACGGAGACGCUUCACCAGGUUCUGCUUACAACAUGUCUAAUUGUGGGGGCGGAGCUGGAGGGGUGAGUAGCUCCACCCACCUUCUGGAUCUGUUGGAAGAGCCAAUUCCUGGAGUGGGCACCUACGACGACUUUCACACCAUUGACUGGGUCAGAGAAAAGUGUAAAGACCGCGAGCGACACCGCAAGAUUAACAGUAAGAAGAAGGAGUCUGCAUGGGAGUUCACGAAGAGCCUGUACGAUGCCUGGUCUGGGUGGCUGGUGGUGACAUUAACAGGGCUGGCCUCAGGUGCGUUGGCCGGUGUGAUCGACAUUGCUGCUGACUGGAUGAAUGACCUAAAGGAGGGUGUGUGUCUGAGUGCCCUGUGGUUUAAUCAUGAGCAGUGCUGCUGGGAUUCUAGUGAGACCACAUUCGCAGAGAGAGACAAGUGUCCGCAAUGGAAGACGUGGGCCGAACUCAUCCUGGGCCAGGCUGAGGGUCCUGGCUCCUACAUCAUGAACUACUUCAUGUACACAUACUGGGCUUUAGCCUUUGCCUUCCUGGCGGUUGUUCUGGUCAAAGUAUUCGCUCCGUACGCCUGUGGCUCUGGUAUCCCUGAGAUUAAGACCAUCCUGAGCGGGUUUAUAAUCCGGGGCUAUCUGGGCAAAUGGACCCUAAUGAUAAAGACCAUUACUCUGGUCUUGGCCGUGGCAUCAGGACUUAGUCUGGGAAAAGAAGGCCCGCUGGUGCACGUGGCCUGCUGCUGCGGCAAUAUUUUCUCAUACCUCUUCCCCAAGUAUAGCAAAAACGAGGCCAAGAAACGAGAGGUGCUGUCUGCAGCAUCAGCUGCGGGUGUCUCAGUGGCGUUUGGAGCUCCUAUUGGAGGAGUUCUCUUCAGUCUCGAGGAGGUGAGUUAUUACUUCCCGCUGAAGACCCUGUGGCGGUCCUUUUUCGCUGCCCUGGUGGCAGCGUUCGUGCUUCGCUCCAUCAACCCCUUCGGGAACAGCCGCCUGGUGCUGUUCUACGUGGAGUACCACACACCCUGGUACCUGUUCGAGCUCUUCCCCUUCAUCCUGCUUGGUGUGUUUGGUGGUCUGUGGGGUGCCUUUUUCAUCCGAGCCAACAUCGCCUGGUGUCGGCGGCGCAAGUCUACGCGGUUUGGUAAGUACCCGGUCCUGGAGGUGAUCACAGUCGCAGUCAUCACAGCCAUCGUGGCUUUUCCCAACCCGUACACACGGCAGAAUACAAGUCAGCUGAUUAAGGAGCUGUUUACGGACUGCGGGCCGCUAGCGUCAUCACAGCUGUGCCAGUAUCGUAGCCAGAUGAAUGGGAGCCAGGCAGAUCCAGAGGGCGCGGAGACAACCACUACUCCCGGGGUUUACUCUGCCAUGUGGCAGCUCAGCUUGGCGCUCAUCUUCAAGAUCAUCAUGACCAUCUUUACCUUUGGCUUAAAGGUUCCCUCUGGUUUGUUCAUUCCCAGCAUGGCAAUCGGGGCAAUAGCGGGUCGUAUUGUGGGCAUCGCUGUUGAGCAACUCGCUUACUACCACCACGACUGGUUCGUGUUUAAGGAGUGGUGUGAGGUGGGGGCAGAUUGCAUUACUCCAGGUCUCUAUGCCAUGGUAGGAGCUGCAGCUUGCUUAGGUGGUGUGACACGGAUGACGGUGUCUCUGGUGGUCAUUGUGUUUGAGCUAACUGGCGGGUUGGAGUACAUCGUGCCCCUCAUGGCUGCAGUGAUGACCAGUAAGUGGGUGGGAGAUGCGUUUGGGCGUGAAGGCAUCUACGAGGCCCACAUCCGCCUCAACGGCUACCCGUUCUUAGAUGCGAAAGAGGAGUUCACACACACCACAACGGCGCGCGAGGUGAUGCGGCCACGACGAAACGAGCCACCGUUAGCAGUGCUAACUCAGGACGACCUGACGUUAGGAGAACUGCAGGCCGUUAUCAACGAUACAAGCUACAAUGGCUUCCCGGUCAUCGUCUCCAAAGAGUCCCAGAGACUAGUGGGGUUCGCCCUGCGCAGGGACAUCACGAUAGCUAUAGAGAAUGCUCGGAGGAAGCAGGAAGGCAUCGUGCUAAAUUCGCGGGUUUAUUUCACACAGCAUGCCCCGACGCUUCCUGCCGACAGCCCGCGUCCUCUGAAGCUGCGCAGCAUCCUGGACAUGAGUCCUUUCACAGUCACAGACCACACGCCCAUGGAGAUUGUCGUGGACAUUUUCCGCAAACUUGGUCUGCGCCAGUGCCUCGUCACACACAAUGGGAUUGUAUUGGGCAUCAUCACUAAGAAGAAUAUUUUAGAGCAUCUGGAGGAGCUCAAGCAGCACACGGAGCCCCUGGCGCCUCCUUGGAAUCAUCACAAAAAAAGAUAUCCUCCGUCACAUGGCCCAGAUGGCAAACCAAGAUCCCGAGUCCAUAAUGUUCAACUAGUGCCCUCUUACACCAGACGGCAGGAUGAGGAGAGUGAAGAGGAGGUCCGAUUACUGGACGAUAUGUCCCACUGACCCCUUUGUGACCCCACCCCCACACACCGCCCCCAAAACCCUCGUCCCGCAUGGCUCCUAACUGGGGACCGACUGCACUGGUGGAAUCUUCCAGGUCUCCCUGCAGGCCUUCACGCAGAAGAAGAAAAAGUAGUAGUUCCGUGAAAAAGGCUUGAAAAAUUAUGAGCUUCAUCCACUGAUGAAAAAGCAUUAAUGCUACUGUACUCACACAUGAGCAUGCACUGAUCCAGCUCAGGCACCUUCGCUCGGUCUCACCUUGUUUCGACCUCAGUGGGGUGAAAGGUCAUGAUGAGCCGCACGAGUGCGAGGAGGGACCUUGACGAUUGAAUCAAGUUACCGCUGUGACUCCUGCCACCUGAACCGCCCUGCCGCGAUCCCGCUAAAGACUCCGCAAACGUUGUUUACCUGUAACACAUGAGCAAGAGCGAGUAAGUGUGCGUGUGUGUGUGUGUGUAAGUGAGUACGUGUUUAAAUGUGAUGAGAGAGAAGAUGAAAAGUUUCCUUACAUUCCAGUGAUGUCACUCUUUGUCUUUGAUUUGUUCCAUCUGAGGCAAGACAAAACUGAGGUGUGUGAUGUUCCCAUGACCCAUCAAGUAUUUAUCAAAUGUACAAAAGGAGGUUUGACACCACCAUGUGCAAAGCUGCCUAAAGUGAUUUUCUUUAGUUUUUCUUGACUUCUUUAAUUCUCAGCACUACAGAUUGUCGGGGAAACACAAGCAUGUGGCCAGUUCCAUUUUCCUGACAUGUUUUCUGGUACAGUACUUCUCUAUUUGUUUGGGAUUUUUUUUUCUUCAGGACAUUUAUUGCUACAAACUCUUGAUGUAUUAUUAAUUGUUUAUUGUACCAAGUAUGUCUUCUCCGUUUUUAGCAGGAAAUGUGACUUCUUUAAAGAUGCUGCACUUUUUGCCUCACUGUACAAGUUUGAUCAGUCGCUUUCAGGCAGGUGUGUGUGUGUGUGUAACUGGAGCACAUAUUAAUGACUCAUCUCAUCGCAUGCCUUCUCUUCUUAUUAUUUUGCAAGAUUGAAAAAUGAACCUCCUUUUAACUGAAUAAAAACACAGCCCGGUUUUUAAUUUUAA